GUGACUGGGGCCGGCAGCGGCUGGUGGAGUUGAUGCCGGAAGUGCUGGUCGCUGUUGUACGUUAAUCUGAUUAGUGGCUGCCGGUACCUCAGACAGGGAGUCAUGUCCCGAAAGCAGGUGGUACGGAGCCGGCCCGGCAAGAAAGCCGAAAUAGAACGGAAGAGAGACGAGAGGGCUGCCCGCCGGGCAUGGGUUAAUGAGCGUAAGAACCGGGCUGCGGAGAACUCGGACGCCGAGGAAUUUGUCAGUUUCGCGAAUCAGCUUCAAGUUUUGGGUCUCAGAGUUCGGGAAGUCCCAGGAGACGGGAACUGCUUAUUCCGAGCCUUUGGUGACCAACUGGAAGGCCAUUCGCGGAAUCAUUUAAGGCAUCGGCAGGAGACGGUGGAGUAUAUGAUCAGACACCGGCAUGACUUUGAGCCCUUUGUGGAGGAUGAUGUGCCCUUUGACCGGCACGUUGCCAACUUGGCGAAAUCUGGUACGUUUGCUGGAAAUGACGCUAUUGUGGCUUUUGCUCGGAAUAAUCAAGUCAACGUUGUCAUUCACCAACUGAACAAUCCUUUGUGGCAGAUCCGAGGGAGCGACAAGGUCGAUUCCCGGGAGCUGCACAUCGCUUACCGAUAUGGCGAGCAUUACGACAGCGUUCGCCGAAUCAACGACAAUGCAGAGGUGCCAGCAAACCUACAGACAGAGAUGCUUUCCAAGGACAAAGCAAACCAGAGGGGUCGGCAGAAGCCAGAUGUAUCGGACGACAGGUUGGAACUACACAACGACGCUGUGCAGAAAGUGCAGAACGCCACAGGUUGUGCGGAUGUCCGUCUCAUACUGCAGAGCUUAGAGGCUGAGAGCUACGACGUUGAUUCCGCUAUCCAUUCCAUAUUACAGAUAGAGGAGCUGAGGCUGCUUGAUAAUGACGAUUGUGCUGCCAACAUCUCAAACUGUCCCUAUACAACAGCAUCUCUGGAUCACAGAGAAUAUGCCAAUUCAGACAGUCUUGGGCCGGAACAAAUGUUAAACUCUAACCUAGAUCUGUGCGAGCAGCAGACUGGGGAUGCGGAUACAAAGCCAGACCUCAGUGAAGAGACCAGAGUAGAUCUCAGGAAGAGCAUACAAGAAAAUAAAGCCAGUAAAGACCAACAAAAGCUGAGCAACAAGCAGAGGAAAGAUCAGCAGCGACAGCAGAAGAAGAAGCGGCAGGAGGAGCGCCACCGUCAGAAGGUGCAGGAGGGCCGGGGGAAAGUGGCACAAAACAACAGACAAGAGGCUGAGAACUCACAGGUCACCAUGGUAAAGGCCUUUGAAGCUCUGAAUAUUUAAGAUUCAGUUGGACUUUCCUGUUUUGAUUUAGUUGGACUGAUCAUACUCAGAAUUCUGUUCUGCAGCGAGCGUAAUUACUUGCCUGCCUCUUUCCCAAACCUGCGGUGCCUUGCCUGCGCCCUGCCUGCGCCCUGCAGUAUUCUCCCCGAGAGACGAUGCAAGACUUGGCAUGCAUGCUGGGACGUCGCAGCACCUCUGCCUUGCACUUUGCAUUAAAGGAUAAGUAAACCUUAAAAAUAAGUGAAUGUAAAAUUGAUGAGGGGUCUAUUCUAAGCAAUUUUGCAAUAUACAUUCAUUAUUUAUUUAUUGUUAAUUCCAAGAUAUUAAGGCAUACAUGUACUGUUACUAUGAAUGAAUUUUGUUAUAACAGCGCCACCUGCUGGUCAGUUUCCCACCAGUCUGACCAGCAAGUAGUCAAGGAAGUUGUCAGGAGAAAGAAAGAGGCUGAUGUUCUUCUGCUUAGGAAAGAUGUGAGAAAGGUUUCUAAUUUUAUUCCUAAGCAGAAGAACAUCAGCCUCUUUCUUUCUCCUGACAACUUCCUUGACUACUUGCUGGUCAGACUGGUGGGAAACUGACCAGCAGGUGGCGCUGUUGUAACAAAAUUCAUUCAUAGUAACAGUACAUGUAUCCCUUAAUAUCUUGGAAUAAAAAAUAAAUAAAUAAUGAAUGUACAUUGCAAAAGUGCUUAGAAUAACCCCCUCACCAGUUUUACAUUCACCUAUUUUAAAGGUAACUUUUCCUUUAACACUACACGGUUUAAUAAAUUAUAUUUUUAAAUAAAAUUACAUUUAUUUUUCUUUUGCAA